AUGACUUGGAGGCUUUGCUGUACCUGGAUUUUUGUCCUUCUUCUUCCUGGCUCCUCAGAUGGAGGGAAACUCCUGGUGGUGCCCAUGGUGGGAAGCCACUGGCUUAGCAUGCAGAAAGUAGUUGAAAAGCUCUCCGAGAGAGGACACGAGGUGGUGGUGCUUAUGCCAGAAGUAAGCUGGCGGAUGGAGGCGACACAGGCUUACACUGUGAAAACACAUCCAGUGUCUCUGCCGCUAGAAGAACUGGACGAUACUUUUCGUGAGUGUGUUGACACUCUCCUGAGUGACCUGCCUUUCCCAGUGAAUGCUAUAGAAAUGUACAGGAGCACAAAGCGUCUUUUCCUUACAUUCUUUACUCAGUGCAGGGACCUCUUCAGCAGCAAGGAGACCCUGCAGUACUUGAACCAGAGUGCCUUCGAUGCUGUCCUAACAGACCCUGCUUUUAUGUGUGGAGCAAUCCUUGCUAAUUAUCUUUCUCUUCCAUUUGUGUUCUUCAUGAGAGGAUUUCCUUGCAACUUACACUAUAAAGCAACACAGUGCCCAAGCCCUCUCUCCUACAUCCCAAGGCUCUUUUCCUUCAACUCAGACCACAUGACAUUUUUACAGAGAGUCGAAAAUGCACUGAUUGAUCUCUUGGAACUUGAGUACUGUAAUGAUUUAUAUGAAGAUGCACGAAAGCUUUCCUCUGAACUUCUUCAGAGAGAUGUAUCCUUGUUGGAUCUCCUGAGCUCUGCUUCCAUUUGGCUUAUGAGGUUUGACUUUGUGUUUGAGUAUGUCAGGCCAGUGAUGCCCAAUAUGGUCUUCAUUGGAGGUAUAAACUGCGUUCAGAAGAAACCACUGCCUAAGGUACGUUCAUUUUCAUGCACAGAAUACCUUCAGCUAUGUGUUGUGAUUGUGGCAUUUAAUGCUAUUGAAUUUUUCUGUUUCUGGCAAUGA